AUGAGCACCAACGAUGAUAAUCAGACACAAUUAUCUAUUGUCCCCAAAUGGGUUGAGGCUAAACUUUUCGAGGGAACUCUAAAAGAAGUUGAACCAGAAUUUAAAGAGAUUAAGGAGUUUAAAAUUGAACCGGCUCUAGCACCAGGGGAGAAUUAUGCCAGCCUUAUGCUAAAGGUUGAAUUUGUGAUUUCAUUAAAUGAUGGCUCCUUGAAACCUCUCAGUUUUAUGUUCAAAGUGGGACAUGACACUGAUAGUUAUCGCGAAAUGAUCAAAAGUUACAAUGCAUUUGAUAUUGAAACUGGCAUGUAUCGUGAUUUAGUUCCGGAAUUAGAACAAAUCUUAAUGGAGGCUGGAGUACAUGUAAGAUUUGGAGCCAAGUCCUAUACACUUCCAACAACUGAACCAUAUAUUCUCAUGGAAAAUCUGAAGUAUAAAGGCUUUCGUAAUGCCAAUCGUUUAGAAGGCUUAGAUAUGAGACAUGCUGAGAGCGUCCUUAAGAAAUUAGCUCAAUGGCAUGCUGCCUCGGCGGUAAGAGUGGUAAGGAAUGGCAAUUACCCCGAUAAGUAUAGCAAAAGCCAGUACAGACCAGAAUGCUAUGACAUGGUUAAAGGCAUGUACAGUAAUAUAACAUCGAUGCUAUUGGAAUGUGUUGGGCAAUUUUCCAACUCAGACCUGUACUAUGAUAAGGUUGAGAAAAUUCAACCACAAAUAUUUGAUGAAAUAUUCAAGCUAAUGGCGAAAACCGACGAUAAGGAUGAUAAUGCUUUUAGGGUACUUAAUCAUGGUGAUACUUGGUCCAAUAACAUAAUGUUCCGGUAUGACAACGAUAGUAAUGAGCUUCUCGACACAUAUUUUGUGGAUUAUCAGGUACCUAGCUACAAUUCGCCAGCACAGGAUUUGUGGUACUUCAUCAUGUCAUCUUGCAAAAUUGAUAUUAAGUUGUCCAAGUUUGACUAUAUGAUAUCCUACUAUCACAAACAUUUGCAGUAUCAUCUGAAGCUGUUGAAAUAUCCCAAAGCCAUACCAUCAAUAAGGGACAUACAUUGCCAGUUGUAUGAAAAUGGAAUGUGGGCAUAUGUCACCUUAACCAAUGUCUUGUGUGGCGUUCUUAUCGAUCCCACGGAUACUGCCAAUCUUGAGAACUUGAUGGGUGCUUCAGACGAUGGUGCAGCAUUUAAGCGUCAACUGUAUUCCAAUACCCGCUAUCGCCAACAAAUGGAAUCAAUACUACCCUGGCUUUUAAAUAAAGGACUACUCGAGGUUUAA